AUGUUAAACUAAAAUAAUAAUUAAGAGAAAUAGCUGUAAAUAAGAGAGGCAAACAUUGAUUAAAACACAGAUGAAUAUAUCUCCAAUAGCUGCGUUCCUAAGAAAUUUCUUCAAUCUUUCAUGCUUAAAAGCAAAUUUAAAAAAAUGAAUUAGAAUAGUAACAAUAAAAAACCUAGAGAGGUAUUUAAAUGA